AUGAGUCAGGCCAGGCUGUCCAAUCUGGUCGUCCUUGCAACGCACAGUGACCGCGCCAGAAAGCUGGAUCCGAAGGCUAUCCUUCGUGAGUUCGUAUCGAAUCAUCCGAAGAAGCGCCAAACAGUGUUCGGAAGAGUGCACGGUACCCGCGCACAGGUGGUGGACGCCUGUCUGCGGCGGUCAGCGCUGUGGCGCCACUUCAUUGUGGCGCCGCUGCUGGAGAACAUGCGGGCGCGGCGGGCAGCCGGGCCGGACGGUCCAGAGCUGCGGGCGUUCUGUGACUGGCUGCUCGAGCUGGGAGAGGGGCGCGCAGAGGGCCCCGAGGAUGGGUUUGGGCGACACGGCGACCGGGAGUGGAUGGCGUCGCGGGCUGUGCUCGCGCCGCGAAACACUCGGGUCGACGAGCUGAACGCCACAGUCACCGAGCGCUUCCCCGGAGAGGCCGUCCGCCAGCUGAGCGCCGACAGUCUGGUGGAGGAGGCCGAGCAGCUGGAUAUCCCACAUGAGUAUCUUAACACUCUGCGCGCUCCCGGCUUCCCACCUCACUGCUUGAUGAUAAAGCCAGGCAUGCCACUCAUGCUACUUCGUAAUCUGUCCGCCACUGACGGACUGUGCAAUGACACGCGACUUAUCGCUGGUCGUAUCAUCAGCCCGCGACUCAUGGAGGCCACCAUCGCCUGCGGCAAAAACGCCGGAAGGCAAGUGCUUAUUCCACGGCUCCCACUCCAGCCCCCGGAUGACGCGUUUCCCUUCCGCUGGGAGCGUCACCAGUUCCCCGUGCGGCCAGGUUUCGCCAUGACGGUGAACAAAGCCCAGGGGCAGACGCUCGGUCGGGUCGCGGUCUUUCUGGAGGAGCCAGUGUUCAGCCACGGGCAGCUGUACGUGGCUGCAUCGCGGGUCGGCCGGCCGGCGGAUCUAAGGAUCGCGCUGCCCAGAGGUGGCCAAGGCGCAACACCAAAUGUGGUGUACACGGAGGUGAUGGGCCGAGGUGAUGGCCGGUAG